AGAAGGAUAAAUUGCACAAAACAGGAAGUGAGCUCCUCGUCAUACUUCACGGACACCGUUUCCACAUUGGAACACAUCCAGGAAAAACAUAUACACCUAAAGGAAAUUAAUACAAUUGUAUGCCUGGGACUGGGACACUUUGCUUGGUGUGCUUCUGCCCGGAAUCAACUGGCUUUUAUAACUUUAAUCCAGGAAGAACUUGCUAUUCCUGAGAUAUUAUUUCAAGAUCCUGCCUUUACUCCUGGAGAAAUUGAUAUCCUAAAAACUCACGGUUUUGAUGUCAUUCCUGGAAAUUUAGAGGGAAAAUUUGACACUGAUCCUGAAAAAAUUUACUUGUUCUAUCUUCCUCAUUGCCCUAAGCAACUUACGAAUAAUCUUCUGUGGCAGAAUUGGGGGACAAAGCUAUCGAACAUUAUACUAUUGAGCAAUAGUUUUAGUGGAAUUCUGAUCUCCCAGCCUCAGAGAAGUCUCCAAGUUGAUGCGAGACUGAUAGUUCAGGCUGAAGAUUUCACUGAAGAAAUUCCACUGGAAAACAAUUUCAUCUUCACGGACGUCUUCAACGAUACAUCCAUUCACAUUUUCCCAAAAGAUCUUGUGGAGAAAAAAUCUGAAAAUUUCUGGGACGAAAGAGGCUCAGAGCCUGUUUACUGUGAUCCGGAAUUCAUUAGUUCUGCCCUUGAGAAAGUGACUUUGGAAGAUGACUCCUGUUCGAACACUGAGAUCCCUACUAAAUGAGCUGAGGCUAUCAAAUCCAAAUGGAAACAUUAAGAACUCACUCGCAGCAAGGUACAUAAUCGACCAGUUCCGGAAGUAUCGUACAACAGACCAGACUCUAUGCAAAGCUAGGGAGGAGAUGCACUUUGUUGGACAGACCUACCUGUGCUAUCUGGAAAGUCGCCGCACGUACCAGCGCAUCCGAAAGGAGUAUUCGGGCCGAGGGGAGCGAACUGUAGAGGACACAGCAAACUUGGUGGGCUUCAAGUUACCUCAUGAUCCGAAAUAGAACAAUAAAAGUCUUUCUAGUUGAAAA